AUGAGCAGCUACACGCCCAUCCAGCCCCCGAUCCACGACUCGGCCUUGAGCCUCAUCGGCCACACCCCGCUCGUCCGCCUCGACCGCAUCGCCCGCGAGGAGGGCCUCGAGUGCAACCUCCUCGCCAAAGUCGAGGGCUUCUCGGCCGGUGGCAGCGUCAAGGACCGCAUCGCGCUUCGCAUGGUCGAGGAGGCAGAGAAAGACGGCAGGCUCAUCCCAGGCUAUUCGGUUCUCGUCGAGCCCACAAGCGGCAACACCGGUAUCGGCCUGGCUCUCGUCGCUGCGGUCAAGGGCUACCGUUGCAUCAUCACCAUGCCCGAGAAGAUGAGCAAGGAGAAGUCCAACACGCUCAAGGCCCUCGGCGCCGAGAUCUACCGCACCCCGACCGAGGCGGCCUGGGACUCGCCCGAGUCGCACAUCAGCCUCGCCAAGCGCAUCGUCGAGUCGACCCCGGGCGCCGUCAUGCUCGACCAGUACAACAACCCUGCAAACCCCGACGCCCACUACCACCACACGGCCGUCGAGCUCCUUCAAGCCGUGUCGUCCGUCCCGGCGACCCCGAAUCGCCCCUCGAGCGGCACGGUCGACGUCAUCGUCGCCGGCGCUGGCACCGGUGGCACCCUGUCGGGCCUCUCGAAGCGCUUGCGCGAGGCCAACCCGAACCUGAUCAGCCUCGGCGUCGACCCGGUUGGAAGCAUUCUCGCGAGGCCUGAGAGCCUCAACGUGCUCAAGGACGGUGAGAGCGCCAUCUAUAAGGUCGAGGGCACCGGCUACGACUUUGUCCCCGCCGUCCUCUCUCACGACGCCGUGACGCACUGGAUCAAGUCGGCCGACCCGCUCUCGUUCGCGACGUGCAAGCGCCUGAUCCGCACCGAGGGCCUCCUCGUCGGCGGCUCGAGCGGCGCGAGCGUCGGCGCCGCGCUCGAGUGGCUCAAGAGCGACGAGGGGUGGAACAAGGUAGGCGGCGUCAAGGGCAUGAACGUCGUCGUCGUGCUGCCAGACUCGCUGCGCAACUACAUCACGUCGACCUGGCUCAACGACGAGCCGACGCCCGCCGCCGCCAAGCAGGGCGACGCAGGCGUCCAGGAGGACCUCGGCGACGUGUCGACGGCGGCGCGCACGAGCGGGCUCGCGACGCCGCCCAUCUGA